UUUCCUCUCCCGGACCUAAGCGUCCAAGACAGUGGUUUACGCCCAACAAACCCAUCACUGGGUCUUGAAACACCACCUGUGUUCGAUUCCAUCUCAUUCGCUGCUCCGAUGGCUGAAGUACUUGCUCCUAUCGUUCAACCUGCCACGACGAUGCUCCACUCCUCCCCAGACGCUUUCAAGAGCGUCUCACAGUCUCAUCAAUCCUCUCGACCACACCCGAUGCCAUCGAGCCAUAUCUACAAUGCACAACGUGGUGGGAUCCCUUAUCGGGGAACGUCGGCUUCUCCAGUCGCUCCGUACGCGUUUCAGACCACUCCUCAUUUGAGAUUGGACAACCGGACCUCAUCUGCUCCAGCCCCGUCUUCUGGUCUCCAGCAAAACUUUCAGCCCGGUCACCACUCAAGCCGUUCGGGACCUGCGUCCACUUCGUCGGCCUCGACGGCCUCGACGGCUUCGUCGUCCAGCGCAUCGAUGACCGGCAGGCAAGUCUCAAAGGAUGAUUCGAUGGUUCCUGUGGGGUCAAGUGCAAUGUCGAGAAUCGAUGGUCGGCCAGCGUCAUCGUUCAUUCACUCGACGUCUGUUCCAGACUUGUCUCUUCAAUUGACAGACAGUCAAUCCAAGACUUCUGCGGAUAGGUACCGUCGUACUCUGCGUCGUCCUGAAACUGCUCUCUUGGGUGAGACCAAUCACACCGACCAGAGUGCAGUCGACGCUCAAUCCAAGGACCAACUUUUGCUGCCAUCAGUGUUCAAGCCAAAUCUAGGAUCUACGAACUCUCCUACUGCAAAGCACAUUAGGUCUGGUAGUGCUGAUGAUACCACCCAGAAUAAUCGUCAAUCGGGAUCAGAGUUGGCCAAGAGGUAUAGACGCCGAAGCUUGGGAAACCUGGGAAACCUUGAACCGGCCUUGAACUCAGAACCACUAGUGAAGCCUACAUCGGAAGUUAUGUCAACUGCAUCCGCCCCGCGCCCGAAUAUCACUACUGCAACAGUUUCUCUCCGUCCAGCCUCGUCACGAGAGAGGACUGCCAGCAGCGAGAGCCGUGCUUCCGUUCACUCUCAGAUUCAACGACCAGCAUCCGCUCGUAAUGACUCUUACAACUCUUCUAAACCUUCCAUGUUCGCAAUCACACCUCCACAGCAUCAACCAAGAUCUGGUCAUCGCGUCCCUUCUGAUGGAGGCAAGCGCCUUGCUGCUUCCCCUCUGGCAAAACCCAUUUUGGCAGAUGACGAAUCCUCCUCUCCGUCCUCAUCCCGACCGAAAACUCCCGAGCCGUCGAUUGCCACACAAACCCCGGCCAUGAGACAGCUCAGCGCGUUGAACGAGAAGGAACUCAACAAGGGGAUGAAAUCUCGACUGCGGAGAGCACUGUCUUUCAGCAGUGCUGCGGAAUUGCGAAAGGCUGCUGAAACGAAUGCGGCUAUGGCUGCGGCUGCAGACAGGAACAAGUUACGAAAGGACAACAGGGAGGCUGAACAAGAGCGUGAAGAUGCCAUCGUUGCUCAACAGGAAGCGGCAGGCAUUGGUUCUUCGAUCUACUCGGGACAAGGCAAUGUGUUCACUGGAUCGACGGACAAUCUUUCCAUAUCUUCGACGGCAUCGUCCGCAUCGAUGAUGCUUCGGAAAGUGGGAAGGGGCAUGAAGAAGUCUACUCGGUCACUAAAGGCCAUCUUCCGACCGAAGUCUAUGGUUGGAGGACCCACUGAAGAUGCCGGAGCCGCUGGAACCGCUGGGCCAAGCGUCGCUGAAGUCUCCAUGGUCACGGUCGAGGCAGAACGUGAGCAGGUGAAUGUCCAUGUCGAUUCUUAUGACCACCCUGUUGGCGGCUCUGGCCUCCUGAAGUUGGAUACGAGCUCGGUGGAUUCUUCGUCUAUCGAUCCACCUAGUUCCUCUCACGGGUCGGUGACUGGGGGAGACUCCCGGAAGACCAUCCUUGGAGGGGAUCGUGAGAGACAGCAGAUUCUCGCUGCGGUUGCGAAAAAAGGAAUCCUAAAGCGGCCUGGCUCCACCAACUCCUCUCCUGUCGUUAGUCCCGCCGAUCAAAAAACGGCCGGCUUCGCCCUUCCACCCGUGCCGUAUGUUGGCGACUCCCCUGCGUCCAGCGCCCCCGGCACUCCGGUUGAGGAAAGGAUUCGGCUUGACGGGACCGACUACUUCAUGGCGGCCUCUCGCUUCGCUACUGCUAGCUCCAAGAGCUUGCCCAACACACCAGGUGGCAGCAUCCGCAACAUCACCUUCAGCCCCCGUAUCCAGUUCCACGAUGUUUGGUCUCCUACCGACUAUGACCGCCGUGGCGACAUUGCGACCUGUAACAAGCUCACUCCCAUGCUGGCUCAGCAGAUCAAGGAGGAGCUUAAUACAUUUAAAAUGGAAAUGGAAGUUCACGAACUCUCGAAGCCUCACACGCAUUUCUUCUGAAUCACGAUAGCGCGCAUAUGCAUGCAAUUGUUUGACACACGCACUUCACUUUCCAUC